GAUUUUAAAGUUCCUCUUGACUUUAUUGCUCCCGAUGGCUUCGGUCAACACUUCGAAAUGUGUGGAAUAUUACACACAGGGCCGGAUUAUCGGUGAUUGCUGCAAAAUGGAUUAUCCCUUCCCCAUUGAUCCUUUCAAUGAAUGCUUGGAAAUAGCUGAAGAAAAAGUCCCGCGUAAACAAUUUCUUAGUUUUCUUGCGUGUACCUUUGAAUGCUAUGCCGAAAAUAUUGGAACAAUUAAAAAUAAUACAGUUUUGCUGGAAAAGGCUAUCGAGUAUAUUGAUCAGUACCCACAAGGUUUGCAUAACGAUGUGAGGAAGGUCGCCUGGAAAACUUGUGCCAAAAAGGCUUCUCAAAUUGCGGCAGCUUUGGCUGGUCACAAGGACAAGUGCAAUCCAUUUGCCCUGGAAAUGGAAUCCUGUAUUCAGUCUUUAGUCAAUCGUAACUGUCCGGAAACGUAUUAUCACCACCUCAGUGAAAUAUGUCAUGAAGCACGGACAUUGCCACAUUGUGUGCACAAAUGGGUCAAUUGAUUUUAAAGAAAAGGUCCAAAAGUGUACAUUACAUUAAGCUUUGAUAUCAAUUAACUUUCUUGAAUCAAUAAGGAUGAAACUAUAAUAAUAAAGAUAAAAAAAGUGA